UUGUAAUUUUUACAUACUGAUUACUACGCGGAAAUGUGCAGGUUAUCUACACAUAAAAAAUGAUCCAAAUAUAGUAUCAAUUGGAAGUGUUAUAUAUAUGAUGUACAUACUAGAGAAGUAUCUACACUUCCGAUUAUAUAUAACUGAGAGUAUUGAGUGACAGUAUCCAAUAAACUGAACUACAAAUACCGAACCAGGAAGUCCAAUCCUGUGCAUGUUGUCUAUUCAGUAAACAAACCAGCAAGGCGGGGAGUGUGUGGCGCUGCGAUGCGAUUGGUGCAGUUCUGCCGCCAAGGCGAUGAGGGAGGGGUUAGAGUCGGCGUUGAUCGUGGGGAGGGGCUAGGGGUCGUUGACCUUAAGGCCUUUGACCCUUCGAUGCCCAUGACAAUGAGAGAGCUGCUGGAGAUGGGAGCGAAGGGCAUGCAGUGUGCACAGAGGGCACUGGAGGUUAGUCCUGCUCAGUGUGUGGUUCCCUUUGCGGAGGUGAGGCUGCUGUCCCCAGUCCUAGCCCCAGAGAAGGUGGUGUGUGUGGGGAUGAACUACCGGGACCACUGCCUUGAGCAGAAUGCCCCUAUCCCUAAAGAGCCAAUCAUCUUCAGCAAGUUCCCCAGCGCCAUUACUGGGCCCUUUGAUGACAUCACACUGCCUGACGAGAGCCAGGAGGUGGACUGGGAGGUGGAGCUAGCCUUUGUGAUUGGACGAAAGGGGAAACACAUUAAGGAAGAGGAUGCUAUGUCUUACGUGGCAGGUUUCGCCGUUGCCAACGAUGUCAGCGCACGUGAUUGGCAGAUGAAACGCAACGGGAACCAGUGGCUGCUGGGAAAAACCUUUGACAGCUUUUGUCCUCUCGGCCCCGCCUUAGUGACCACCUCCGCUGUGACGGACCCCCAUAACCUGGGUAUCCGCUGUCUGGUAAAUGGAGUUGCAGUCCAGAACAGCAACACUGACCAGCUGAUCUUUAAGACUGAGCAAGUGGUGGCCUGGGUCUCACAGUUUGUGACGUUAUCUCCAGGUGACGUGUUUCUGACGGGGACUCCUCCAGGUGUGGGUGUGUUCAGGAACCCACCUGUCUUCCUCAAGAAAGGAGAUGUGGUGGAAUGUCAAAUAGACCAGGUCGGGGUCAUACGCAACAAUGUUGUCUGAACUCUGACCUCUGAAGCAGCCAGCCUAUUGGACAGCUCUCUCUUCAAUCUUGAUUCAGUUCUAUUUGGACCCAAAUGUCAUUAAUCUAGUCUACUGUAAAUCAGAUCUAAUCCAUGUUUGAAAGGCUUUGUUUACACAGGAAGCUCAAUUAUGAUAUUUUUCCCAAUUAUUGGCAAAAGCUCUAAUCUGAUAGGUCAAAGGAUCCAAAUUAGACUGCCUGUGUAAACAGCCAAAGAUGGUGAAUUAGGUUUGUAAACUAUCAAUCUAACUAAUGUUGCAAAUUUUUUUGUGGAUUGUCUAUAGAAUUGAAUAGAUUACUUUUAUAAAUGCAAGUUCUUUA